UGCGUAACCCUUUUCUAUUUUCUAUGUAAGGAUGAUAAGAGAGUCAUUUUGUCUUAAGCUCUCGAGUCCUCGUUCCAUCGAUGGACGCCCGCCAUAAUUGAAUUCUUCAGCAAUUUCAAGUUAGUUAUGUACGGAGAUCACGCAACCGCACUUGUUCAUCAUUUAUACAAGAGCUCUUCUUUGCCUCCUUACAGUGAACAUUUGGUUCGUCAAGUCACAGAAGAAAUAAACGAACUUUACACUCGUCUAGUUCGACUAUUGGAAAGAGUCAACAACGACCUUACUGACCCAAAGAUUGGAGGAACAGCGAUCUUCUUUCACCGUAUUAUUCUCCGCAACAAGCGCUGCGUUCUUGCAUAUUUACUGGAUAGAUUCUAUCGAUUACGUGAGAGUAGAUAUCUUUCUUUACCGGAACAAUGGGAAGAAAAUACUAGUGCCUCUGAAAGAGAGUUGCUCGGACAGUAUGAACAACUUGUAGCCACGUAUAGUGACAACAUGCAAAUAGAUGUUUCUUCGUAUUACGUAGUCUUUAUAUCCACCUCAAGCACUAUUUCUAGAAGUGAAGGUGAUCAAGGACUGUGGAACUAUCAUGACUGAGAAUGGCCCUGUGCACUUAAGAAAGGAUACUUUGCAUUA